GUUAAUUUCCAUUUUAGUUCGGUUGAGUUCAGUUCAGUUCAGUACGACUUUAAACGUUGUCGUAACUUCGCGUCGUUCUUGUGUUGUUCAAACGUUGCCGAAAAAAUAAAUAAAGGAUGAAUUUUAAAUAAUUUAAAAGAAAAUAAAGAGAAAAUUUUAGAAUUUGGGGAGAAUAUGUACAUGCAUAUGUACAUACAAAUGUAUAUCGUGAUUUUAUAGUUCAACACUCAUCUACUUUAUACAAAUGCCGACGACUAAUUAAUAGAAAUUUAAGCCAAAGUCCAAUGGGAAAAAUGUCAACAACAAUACUUAAACCCCUCUGAUGCAAGCACAUGCAUAUGCACUUAUUCCUAUACAUGCCUAUAUACGAGUAUGUACAUAUAUAUUUUAAUUUAGUAAAAUUAUGCCACCUAGUGCCGCCAAAAACAACAUAAUCCCACCUCGACCAAAAAAAAGUGCCCAAAUAUAUAUCAACAACGCAAAAUAAUUCCUAUCGUCGAAACGAUUUGCCGCGUCAGUAAAACAAAAAACAAAAAAAUUAGUAACAAAAGAAUAUUGAAUUUCAAAAGAACAACGUCGCACAAAAGCCGUAACGUCGCGUAAACAAUAUGCGCGGAUAAAAAGGUGAAAAAAGGAAAACAACAAAUUUAGUUAAAGCAGAAACACACCCACCGAUAAAAACCAACAACAGCAACCCGUCUAGUGCCAAACAAAAUCAGAAAAUCGAAAACAUAGCAAAACAAACUAAGCUGAUAACAAGAACAAAAUUAGAUUCUGAAAAUAACAGAAGUUCAUUCAACAUCAACAUAUCCACACCCGACCAACCAACCAACAAACCACAAACCAACUAAACAAUACCAAAUAAUAUAUCACACACACACAUAGUGUUAAAAAUAAGUAAAAAAGAGAAAAUUAAAAAUAAAUAAAUAAAAACUCAGUGAAUCCAGCUAUUCAACGUUAAGUAUGAAGCACACACGUAAAGUUGCUCCCGAUGGCGGUUGGGGUUGGGUGGCCUGCUUCGGCGUCAGUUUAGUAAAUCUGGCCACUCGCUCAAUUGAACCCUCAUUUGGCCUGCUCUUUGGCGACUUACUACGCGAUCUCAAUGUCGGCACCACCGGCGCUGCAAUUAUCAUGAGCACACUCGAUGUGUGCAUGAACUUCUCAGGCCUCUUCGUCGGUCCUCUGCUGAAGGAGUUUUCCUACCGCAAAGUAGCUGUCGCCGGUUCACUACUCUGUGGCCUUGGCUUGGCAGCCACAUCACCCGCCUCCAGUAUGCCACAUAUACUCGCCACGUAUAGUGUGAUUAAUGGCAUCGGUGUCGGUCUAUCUACCUCUGCGGCCUUUGUGGCGCUCAAUCAUUACUUCAAGAAUAAACGUGGUCAAGCUGUUGGUCUUUCGAUGGCUGGCACUGCGCUGGGUAUGCUUAUUAUGCCACAGCUCGUGCGUAUGCUGCUCGAAGCGUUUGGUUUCCGUGGCGCUGUACUGAUGUUGGCUGGCGUUGCACUUAACUCCACAGUCGGUGCGGUACUCCUGCAGCCAGCAAAGUGGCAUAUGAAGGAGGAGGUGAUUGAUGAGGAGCUGAUGACAGUGCCGGUAUCGCCACCCACACCAGAUACGAAGAUCAUACGCGAAGAUGCUGGCGAGGAAGACGCCUUGCCCGAAUUGAAUACACUACUCUUUCCCAAUAAGCAAUAUAUGCGUAAGAAUUACUCGGAAAUGGCAAUGAAUACAAUGAAUGGUACACGCAUGGGCAUGCCCAAACGUCCCACAUUCCCGCGCAUCAUGUCACUCGCUGGCGUACAAUCGGCGGUGAAUACCAGCAACUCAAGCACCGAUGUAAAUAUGUCGUUGCGCAACCGCAAACAUUCGGUCACGUCAAAUCUAUCCUAUAUGGACUUCACCGGUUCCAUACUUCAAGUGCACAUGAACACCGGUGACGAAGAGUUUGAACGUAAUGAUCGGGAGUUGAAGCGCGUCAACACAGCGGCGAGUGGCAUGGCGAAUGCCCAUCGUGAUUCGUUUAUUAAAAUGCGCCCAACAGAGACUGAGAAAAAUGAGGAAUCACCGGAGAAGGAGGCAGAGAAGAAGCCUGGUUUUUGGCGUCGCUUUGCAGAUCUCAUGGAUGUUGAUUUGCUGCGUGAUAAAAUCUUUUUAAAUAUCCUAUUCGGUCUGUCGAUCUUCUAUGUCGGCGAGAUGAACUUUAAAAUGGUUACGCCAUUCUUCUUCGCCAAUCUCGGUUAUAAUAAAACAGAUGUGGCCUUCUGUCUAUCGAUAACAGCGAUCACAGAUAUUGCGGCUCGUAUAAUACUCCCGCCCAUAUUCGAUCGGACAACAAUCAAGAAGCGCACGGUGUUUUUGGUUUCCAUCAUCUUUGUGGGCAUCACGCGAUCAAUUAUGGCCGAACAAACCGAAUGGACACAACUAAUGGUUUGGCUCUCGAUAUGCGGCUUCUUCCGCGGCUCGGCGCUAGCGAACUUCACACUAACCGUUUCCGAGUAUUGUUCGUUGGAGAAAUUACCUUCAGCCUUCGGUUGGCAUUUAGUGGGUAAAGCUGUUUUUGUUAUUUGUCUGGGUCCAUUGAUCGGUCUAAUUCGUGACGUCACCACCAGCUACCCCAUCUGUAUACACGCACAAACAGUCUGCAUAUUCCUCUGUGUCAUCGCAUGGUCAGCAGAAUACUUGAUCACAUAUUUGAGAGAGAAGAAAGAGGCAAAAGCGAUCGAUGGUGGUAUUAAUGCAACAAUUGGACCAGAGACUAAUGUCAAACACUAACACGUGCUUAAUUUAGUAGUGCAAGGAUAUUUUUGUAAGGAAGUUUUAGUGAAACUAACACUAUGAUAGAUACACACACACACACACUCACACACAUAUACACACAUAGAGAUAAAUACCAGAAAUUGUUGAAGUGACGUGAAAAUACUUACAUUUGUAUUUAUGUACAUACAUACAUAUAUAAAAUUUAUGUACUUAUGAUAUAUAAAAAGAAAAUAUGUAAAAAAGCAGCAAUGUGUGUACAAUACAUACAUAUUAUAUAUUAAUAAAUUAAAUACACAGUUAAAUUGUGUGUGUAUCCGUGCUUAAUUAGAAAUUAUGUAAAAAACGGGAAUUAAAAGCUGUAUAAAUAUUUAUACAUAUACAUACAUAUAUACUUAUAUCCAUGUAUGCGAAAUAUGGAUUUCCAUUGUGAUAGUUCAAAUUAUGCUUAUAGAAUGUAAGACUAGAAAUACAUAUAUUUAUACAUAUGUAUAUACAUACAUUUUGUAUAUAUGCGUGGUAUGCGUUUAACGGUGUUACACUAAAAUCGUACUCUUUUUUUAUACAAGCCUCUAGCAAAUGUAUGUACAUACGAGUACAUACAAACAUAUGUACAUAUGUAUGUAUUUAUAUUAAAAUAAAAUUAUUCAGAAAAGUGUAAUGUUUAAAAAUUAGUAAAAAAAAAAAUAAACAAAUUUUGAGCUUUGAAAAUGUAUGAUGAGUUGAAGAAAAAGAGAAAGAAGAAGAAGCAAAAAGUAGAAAUAUUAAAAGUGCAAGUAUUAAUUAUUUUUUGAGCA